AUGACCUCCAUACAGAGGCAUGAGCUCCAGGCUCUGGUCAAGCUGGUGAACAGCAACCAGCUGCUGAAUCGCCAAUUAUCCCAAAUCUGCCAGCUCAACGGGCUCACUAGCAGCGGCGUUAAGGCGGCUCUGCAAAGUCGCAUCGUCAGUGCUAUCGAAGAAGCCUUUAAGAACAGCGACGCGACUCGCUUCCAGCAAAUACAGCGAAGCAUCGAGACCACAAGAACCGGCUCCUCCGCUUCGCCCGCCUCUCAGAAGGGCGGACGUCCUGCCACAGCGACUCCGCCAGUGUCAAUGAUGCGACAAGACCAAUACUGGGGGCGCAAUGCUCGUCCCAGCGGUGCGAAUGGCCCUGCCCUGCCUGGUUACGGAUCAAGCGGGCUUUCCUUCAAAAACAGUCCCUUCUACGAGAUCCAGUUCCGGGUCGGGGAUGUGCGCUCGUGCGAUGCUAUGAGCCAGCAUAGAAACAUGGUCUCGAUUCCAGUCAAGGUCAGCGAUAAUCAUAAUCUCAACAGAGUUAUCGACGACAAGUCAUUACGCAUCAUGGUCUUCUGCGCCGGAGAUAGCAACGGCGUCCAAGACAUCGCGUUUCCUCAUCAGUCGGAGAUCAAGGUCAACGGCAAUGAGGUCAAGGCGAAUCUCAGAGGCUUGAAGAACAAGCCAGGCUCCACGAGGCCAGUCGACAUUACGAGCUAUUUGCGUCUGAAAAAUGAUAACAGAAAUCUCGUUGAGUUCACUUAUGCGUUGACUCAAAAGAAAUUCUAUCUUGUCCUCAACGUCUGCCGUAUCACCUCGGCGCAGGAUCUGGCCGACAAUAUCAAGAAGGGGCAGAAGAUCCCCAAAAAUAAGGUAAUUGAGGAGAUUAGCAAGAAAGCGGCGGACACGGAUAUCGUCACGACAUCUCAAGUCCUGUCUCUCAAAUGUCCUCUAUCUUACAUGCGUCUCGAUGUCCCGUGCCGCUCUGUCAACUGCUCGCACAUUCAGUGUUUCGACGCAACGUCGUACCUCCAAUUGCAAGAGCAGGGCCCUCAGUGGCUUUGUCCGAUUUGCAAUAAACCGGCGCCGUACGCACAGCUAGCUGUUGACGAGUACGUCAGAGACAUCCUAGCGAACACAUCAAAGUCUCUCGAUCAAGUGACCAUUGAACCAGACGGGCAAUGGCGAGUGAACACAGGACAGGACGAGAAUAGGCCUACCAAUGGUGGAAGCGGCCUUGUUGACGAUGACGAUGAUGAUGACGACGAUUGGGGCAUCGUGGAGGUCAACCCUGUUCGCAGUCGAAACUUCGAAACUCCCAACCGGUCAGUCGCCAGCACGGCAACUCCGACUACAACGGUGAUGUCCCGAGAAAGCUCGACGAUGCCGCGGGGUGUGGCCACAACAAGUGCCAAGAGAUUGCAUUCGGAUAGGGUGACAAUAGACCUGACCCUAUCAGACGAUGAUGAGCCAGUCGCUCCGCCUCCAAAGCGACAGCAAUUGCAGGGGCCGGGAUCGAGUAACUACAACAGCAAUGGUUACAGCAGCAGCAUGUUCUGA